AUGGCUCUUACUCCUAGCACCAUGCGCCCUAAGAGAGUUGUUGAACUCUUCGGUCCGGGCGAUGAGCUUCCCUGUCAUAAAGCUAUGACUCUCAUCCGAUCUGAAGUCGGCCAGGGCGGCCUUUUAUUGCGCUUCGUCGUCGUCGGAGCCGGCAGUUUCCCAAGAGGCAAUUACCCCUUGAUCAAAGUGGCGAUUGAAAUCCCAGAGGAGUAUUCGACAAACACAAUCAUCAUGGAGGCUUCCAUGACGUCCAGCCACGCACUCUGGUUUUAUGUUCGCGUAGAUGGUGAUCAUAAUCUUGCUUCUAUUCACCGCACUGUUGAUGGUAUUGUCACCAUUGACUCUGAUCAUCUCGUCGUUGUCAACCCAUACAUUCGACAAAUGGCUACCGCGUGA